GAGUUCCAUAUUUAAUAGGUGACUCGGAUCCAAAAUUUGAGAGCAAAUUAGGGUUCUACGAUCCAGGCGGGAAAGGCGAGCUCAUUGGAGCUAGAAGGAGACAAGUCCAAGCAUUUCUCUGUGGCGACUGAUAUCAUAAUUUGCAUCUAAUGGCACUUCCUCCUGGCCCUUACUCCGGCACCAGCACCCUCGCUCUGGUGGCCCGUGCAUCAGCAUUCACCUUUGGUUUGGUUUACGGAAACAUUAAGCUCAAGGUUCUGAAGGCAAAGGCCAAGUCACACGCAAAAGCUGAAGCCAAAACCCAUCACUGAUGAACACUUCUACUGAUGUAGCUUAUAGCGAUGGAAGAGAUGGAAACUACUGCAUAGGGGAAGACUCCGAUCAUUGGUUGGAGAAUGUGAUUUUUGGCUUCAUAAUUAAUUAGAUUCAGUUUUUUUCUUUUUUUCUUUUCCUUCACUUCUGAAACAAAAGAAAAUUCUCUGUUUAAACGGGGUUGGUAUUGCUGCAAAUACUGUAUGGUGUAUGCUUAGUUUUUCAGUGCCGAUUGGCAAUUCUGCCUGUGAGAAGAAUGCUCUUGAAAUAAAGGUGACACCAUAUUGAUAAAUAAGACUCGUUUGAGAUUUCUUUU